AUGGGCUCCUCGGCGUCCCUCUUCAAGACCCUCCUCGUCCCCGCCGUCAUCUCCCUCAUCAUAUUCCUCUUCCUCACCUUCGUCCUCGUCCCCGUCUGGCGCCGCUACCGCAACCGCUACUCGCAGUACCUCCCGCUCGACUCCAUCUCCGACCGCACCUCGUCGUUCCGCCACCGCAUCCUCGGCCGCUUCUCCUCGUUGAACCCCUUGGCUCACUUCGUCAGCGGCAGGCAGCAGGUCGUCUUCGCCAGCGGCGGCGCCGGCACCGGCGCCGAGUCGGGCGCGGAUGACGAGGACGGGGAGGAGCUGGGCGACGUCGACGAGGCGACCUGGCGUGCCAUCGAGAGGCAUGUCCCGUCGGUGCAUACACCAGAUAGCACGAGGCGGCUGAGCAGAGAUUUGGAAGAAGGCUUCAUGGACGAUAGUGACGACGAACCAGACCGCAGACUAGCAUGA